AUGUCCGGACUCGAAGUCCUUGCAGCCGUGACGAGCAUAGUCUCCGCAUUCAACGGCUCGCUUUCCCUCUACCGCUCCUGGAGAGACAAAAGAACAGACCGUGUAGCAGAUGAAGAGAAUCAUAAACUCGAGUGCUCUCUCUAUACUGGUGCCACAACCAUCCAGCAGGAAUACGAACGGUACUCCACAAGACUGGGACCAAGGUUCUCGUCAGGGGAUGAUGACUGCCAGUCGCAGCUAGCACAAUACGUUACAUACUUCCAAUACGCAAUCGAGACCCUCACCGCUGAAUCUCAUUCUCGCGGCAUGCAACUGCCCAGCGUAGCAAACAUCCUGGCCGUAUCUGAAACCACGCGAAUAGGGGUUGUAGGCAUACUGGAAGAACAGUAUCAGCGGAUGGUGCAGGGAGGAUCGGCCUCCAGAACAUUUCUAUCUCCUUCCCAUCGUAGUGCUCUGAGGGGGUCUGUUGCUUGGAUGAGUGGAGUGGACCAUCUUAGUACUUUUCAGUCGAAGCGCUCAAUGGAAGUCGUGUUUUAA